UUUUCCUCUUCGGUCUUCCGUCUCCCGUCUCCGCCGCUCUGGUUAAGUAACACAACGACGGAGAAGCAGCCAAAUGGCGGAAGCUAAAGAGCCUACGUCGUCGAGUCCGCUGACCCAAACCGACCCUGAAGAUGUUUCCAGGUCUCCGCCAAGCUCCCCCAACUCCUCAACUCGCAAGGCAUGCUAUGCAGUGCUUCAGAGUUGGGUCUCAAAGAAAUUCAUGACCGGAUGUAUGGUUCUCUUUCCUGUCGCAGUCACAUUCUUCAUCACUUGGUGGUUUGUUCAGUUUGUAGAUGGUUUCUUCAGUCCAAUAUAUGCCAGGCUCGGGGUUAACAUAUUUGGCCUAGGAUUUGUUACAUCCCUACUUUUUAUAUUCUUGAUUGGUAUUUUUGCCUCAUCAUGGAUGGGUGCAACAGUUUUCUGGAUUGGAGAAUGGUUCAUAAAACGAAUGCCGUUCAUGAAGCACAUAUACUCAGCCUCUAAACAGAUUAGUUCUGCAAUCUCUCCAGAUCAAAAUACCACUGCUUUUAAAGAGGUUGCAAUUAUUCGUCAUCCUCGAGUUGGUGAAUAUGCAUUUGGUUUUAUCACAUCAUCUGUAACACUUCAGAGGGAUGAUGGAGAUGAGGAGUUGUGUAGUGUUUAUGUCCCAACAAACCAUCUAUACAUUGGCGAUAUUUUUCUUGUCAAUUCUGAAGAGAUCAUACGACCAAAUUUGUCAGUUCGGGAAGGCAUAGAGAUCAUAAUCUCAGUUGGUAUGACGAUGCCGCAAGUGAUUUCUCCAAUCGAAAGGAUUCCUCGUCAAAGCGACAGGAUUCCACUGAACAGAAUGGUGUCCCUUUAGAAUCAAG